AUGGCGUUGACCGAAGAGCAACUUGUACCUCGAGUGGCCGGAGGGUCAGACGCAGAGGUACCGGCCAUCAAGAAGGUCUUGGACCAGACUUCGACAACAGAGCCGCUGAAAUCGACACUUCAGCAUAACAACUCCGAGUCACUACAAGUUAAUGGCUACUAUGGUAGUCUUGCGCAGAAUGACCCUUACUACAUCCCCAGAGGCGAUCAGCUGGCUUUCACCCCUCGGAAGAUCCGAGUCAUCACUGUUGGUGCAGGGUUUUCCGGUCUCCUGAUGGCACACAAGUUCCAGCAUCGCUUUCCAGACAUGGAUGCCAUUGUGGACCACACCAUAUUCGAAAAACGUUCCGAGGUUGGCGGCACUUGGAUCGCAAACACCUACCCUGGGGUCCAAUGUGACGUUCCUUCGCAUAUUUAUGCGUUUCCCUUCGAUCCCAACCCAGAAUGGACUCGGUUCUAUUCGAGCGGAGCCGAGAUCGAGGAAUACAUUAUCAAAACGACCAAGAAGUGGAAUCUGGACCGGGAUAUUCAGUUCAACACCAGGGUCGUAGGAGCGUGGUGGAACGAAGAGCGUGGUCAGUGGAAGGUGACGAUUCAGAAAGACGGCCAAAGCAGUAACGAAUGGGCGGAUGUUUUGAUCAACGGACAAGGUGUUCUUGACACCUACCAAUGGCCCAACAUCAAGGGUCUCGAAGACUUCAAGGGCCAUCGCGUCCACUCGGCCAACUGGGACCACAAGUUUGACUACUCUCACAAGCGUAUCGCCGUCAUCGGGAACGGCUCUUCCGGGGUCCAGAUCGUACCUCAGAUGGCCAAACUGCCAGGGACCACGGUGACAAAUUUCGUCAGGGGACCUUCGUGGAUCUACUACCGCGUCCCGCCCUCUCAACACCUGGGUCGAUCCAGCAAAUCCGGCAACAAUCCCAUCUACACGGAAGAGGAGAAGAAGAGGUUCCGAGAGGAUCCCGAUGCCAUGAGAGAGCACCGUAGAGCCAUGAUUGCCAGAACCAACAAAGCGUUCCGCAUGUUUAUCAAAGACUCCGACGCCAACAAGGAAGCCAUGGCACUGGCUGAACAGCAGAUGAGAGAACGUCUGAACCAUGACCCUCGCCUGUGCGACAUCCUCAUCCCCAAAUGGUCACUAGGUUGUCGAAGAAUCACUCCUGGGGAAGGUUAUCUCGAAGCAUUUUCCUUGCCCAACUGUGACAUUACCAACAGCAGCAUCACACAUGUUAGUGAGAAUGCAAUUCACACUGCCGACGGCGAGGUCCAUGAGAUUGACGUCUUGGUCUGCGCGACCGGAUUCGACGUCUCGUUUCGCCCCAACUACCCUACCGUCGGACGCAACGGGGUCGAUUUGGUCGAAUCCUGGACGCAGAAACCGGAGUCUUAUUUUUCCGUGGCGGCCAAGGACAUGCCCAACUACUUUACGGUGUUGGGACCCAAUGCGCUCGCCGGCCACGGUUCCUUGCUGGAAGGGAUGAACUGGAACGGCGACUACUUUGUCAGGUGGAUCCGGAAGAUGGCCGAGGAGGACAUCAAAAGUUUCGUCCCCAACACGGCCGUCGUCGACCAGCACGUGCGGUACUCGGACGAGAUCCACAAGUCUCUGGUGUGGACCGCCCCCUGCAAGAGUUGGUACAAGCAGGGGACCACCGACGGGAGGGUGGCGGCCCUCUUCGCGGGCAGUGGGAUGUUGUACAAGCGCAUCAUCGGCGGCGGCGAGUUGCGCGUCGAAGACUUUGACCUCACCUACCGGUCCAACAACCGGUUCAAGUUCAUGGGCAACGGCUUCACCGAGUUCGAGUUGGACCCCGAAAGUGACUUGGCUUGGUAUAUUGAAAAGUGA